AAGGUGAUGCACCGAGCUCCCAGCCACUGCUCGCGCCGCGCUCAGGCUCCGCCGCUUACUCCGGAGUUAGUUGACGUUGGCUGGUGCUGCGGCGGUGGUGGUGAAGACGAGAAUCGAGAUCUGCAGCCCCGGCGUGUUGCCUUCAGUGUAUAUUCCUCACAAGAAAGGGCCAAAGUGAAAGUGAUAAACAAACAAACAAGUAAGCAAAAAAAAAGUCAACCAGAUAAGUUAAACAAACCCAACAAAAAUAAAGGUGCUGAACUCGACCCCUACAAUUUUUAUCGUGUCUGAACUAAAGUUAGGAACAAGAACAAGAACGAGCACAAUUAGUAACAGGCAAACCAAGGGAUAGACAGAGAGACAAACAAACAAAAACAAGUGCAAAACUCGAUCCCUACAUCUUCGUAUCUGAACUAAAGUGAACAACAAGAACCAAGUAACAGAUAGACAAGCAACCAAGCGAGUGACCCAAGUAACCAGCAGUGUGUAAAGCAAUCUAACAAACUAUCAACCAUGGUGGAAGGCCUGGAGCCGUGAGAUGCUCGGCCCCACCACCUGUGUGUGUGCUCUGUUGGCCGCCCGCCGCCGACACCUGGGUGCACUCACGCCCAGCAAGAUAUGAAAAUGACAGCCGACCUUGCCAGUGGACUUUUGGACCAAGACAUCCUACAGGACCAUUUCAUCAUCUCCAACAGCUUCAAUGAUGACCCGUACUUCACAGACCUAGUGAGGCAAGCGGAGACAUCCAUAGAGACAGGGAUCUACCCAGAGAGGAUAUACCAAGGCUCCAGUGGAAGCUACUUUGUAAAAAACAGUUCUGGGAAAGUUAUUGCUGUGUAUAAGCCAAAAGAUGAAGAGCCAUAUGGACGACUCAACCCCAAGUGGACAAAGUGGCUACACAAGGUGUGCUGUCCCUGCUGCUUUGGCCGCUCCUGUCUCGUACCCAACCAGGGUUACCUGUCAGAGGCUGGAGCAUCCUUGGUUGACCAGAAGCUGCAGCUCAACGUUGUUCCUAAAACUAGGGUAGUAAAGCUAGCAAGUGAAACAUUCAAUUACACAAGAAUAGACAGAGAAAAGUCCCGGGCAAAGAAGAUGGUGUCGGAAAGGUUUCCUAAGGUGGGGCGUCACUUCCAUAGGAUUGGCCUGCCUCCCAAAGUUGGAUCCUUUCAAGUAUUUGUUGAGGGUUUCAAGGAUGCAGACUACUGGUUACGGCGCUUUGAGGCAGAGCCAUUGGGAGAGUCCACUAGUAAGCAGUUCCAGCUUCAGUUUGAAAGGCUGGUCAUCCUCGACUACAUCAUCCGAAAUACUGACCGUGGCAAUGACAACUGGCUGAUCAAGUAUGAGAAGCCUGACCUGGCAGAAGAAGGGGAAGGGGAGGACUGGUCAAUGGUGAAGCCUCCAGAGGUGCGAGUGGCAGCUAUUGACAACGGUCUGGCGUUCCCCUUCAAGCAUCCAGAUUCUUGGCGUGCCUACCCCUACCACUGGGCUUGGUUGCCCUGGGCCAAGAUUCCCUUCAGUGCAGAAACAAGGGAACUGGUGUUGCCUCCCUUGUCUGAUAUGAACUUUGUCCAAGAGCUCUGUGAUGACAUGUAUAAUUUGUUUCAGACUGACAAAGGAUUUGACCGUCACAUAUUCGAGCGUCAGAUGUCAGUCAUGCGAGGGCAGGUGUUGAACUUGACCCAAGCCCUGAGGGACAGUAAGAGCCCUGUGCAGCUGGUCCAGAUGCCUGCAGUCAUUGUUGAAAGGUCUAAGGGCCGUGUGGGGACCACCGCUCGCUUCAGGUCCUUCAGCGACACUUUCACACAGUCAUUCCAAGAGAAGAGUCCUUUCUUUUCAUGGUGCUGAGCUCAGAACAGCUUUCAUUUUUAUAAAGGUAUAUUGAUUUUGUGACUAUUGAGAGAGGUGGAGGUUUGGGGUAGUGUGUUAAUGUUGCAUAGUUAAAUCCUUUUGAUAUGGGAGUUUUAUAUGUAGCAAGUGCAUUGGAAUAUAUCUGGAAAACCAUACAGUAUCCCUUCAAAUUAUAGAGUUGCCAGCAUAAAGUAAAUUGUUAACAGCCAAAUGAUUAUAAGAGAUCCUUGGUUCAGCUAAUAUCCAAAGCAUUCAUUCAGUAAAAUUUAAAUAAAAGGCUACUGGCAGCACUGACUGGGGCAGGUAACUAAGGGAAGUGACAUAUGACAAAAAAUAGCUUUAAACUCAAUACCAAUGGAUCAUUUUGCUGUCCUACACGACAAGACAGAUUGAUACUCGAGGCUGGUGGGGGUGCAAAUGAUUUAGGUAAUGAAGAAGUGCAUAUACACAAGUAUUUUAUUAACACAACCAUCUUAACCCCAUUUGCACUAUUAUGAUACUUGUCACUAUUUUUUAGUCUAGGUAUUUUGAACAAGUCCAGCAGUAUACAGUAACUGGGGGUAUAAUUCACUCACAUUGAGUCAUUAUUUCACUGAGAUAACUGUACAUACUAUUUUCAGGUCUUUACAAUGGUGGUCUCCUUAACCCCUUCACUCCGGCGACGCCGACGUCCGACGGCGUCACCGUGUGGAAAGGGUUAGUCCUCUUCUAAACCUCUCAAGAGGAAAUGGAAGAGGAAUUUAGAGGAAGAUUGAGAGGUUUAGAAGAGGAUUAAUCCUCUUCCAUUUCCUCUUGACCCUUUCCAUACUGUGACGCCGACGUCUGCGUCACGGAUGAAAAGGGUUAAUGUAAAUGUUAUAGUAGGUUCCUUGGCCAAUACUUUACUUUGGAACACUAUAUUGACAUUAUUAUUAUUUAUUAUCAUUAACAGAUUUUUUGAAGAAGUGGGAUUGUUGAGUAUUAUUGUUAUUGUUUUUUUAUAAACUUAUGAAGGAGUAAAAUGUUUAUGGUCAGUACUGAGCUGGCAAUGAUGGUUCAACCCUCCAGAAAGCACUGUGAUAACUUUUAGAGAACCACCUUCAUCUCUGCAGUACAUCCUUAUUGAUUUUAUUCACUGAGAGUUAAGUCUUGCAGAAAUUAAGUCAAUACUGUGUGACCAAAGCUGUUAUUAAGUAUAUGUGUACAGUUCACACACUAUUUUUCAAGUUUAGGGUACAAGUACAGUGUGAUUGUGAUGUUCAGGUAUGGUUGCUCACCCUCAAAGAAUGCAAGUGUAAAGUUUUAUAAGUGAUAGUUAUUCUAAUUUUUCACUGACCUACUACAAUGUAGAUUAGUCCAGAGUAUUAAAUUUUUUUGAGUAAGGGAAGAAUUUACAGCAACCUUCCUCUCAUAAGGUGUGAAGCUGAAAGCGCCAGUGUUAGGUUUGGUCUAAGAGCAGCAUAGAAUGGAAAACUAUUUUGAGAUUAUUGCAUUUCUAUUUAGUAUACUUUAUGUAUACUCAUUUUUUACCAUAAUGUUUAAAAUGAGGAAAGGUUUGUUUCAUUAUUAUUUUAUCUAUUUCCUGUGUAGUAUUUGAACAUACAUCCAUCCUCCAUGGAUCUGUUUUAGACAAAGGAACUGAAGGAAAAUCCUUCACAUGCUGGCUUGUGUGGUCACAAUGCAAGUAUUCUUUGGGUUUGGCUCUUGCUGAGGAUGCAGUCAUCUUGCUCCCAUCUGCUCAUGUUUUACAGGAUUUGGCUUGGUCCAUUCCAGUAAUUAAAACCCAGAAUGCUAGACUUCAUUCAUUUCCUAAUGCUCUAUCAAUACUGGGUUUGAAUUCAGCUGUUAAUAAUGAUUCAUAGACAGGGGAAAAUCUAACUUAACCCUAACCUAAAACCCAAAAGAAACAAAGUUAUUGAGUAGCCCCACACAUUCAGCUGUUAGGGCCCAAUCAGUGGCUUGAAGCAGCCAAGAGCAAAGAGGAGGGUAAAUCAGGUUAAUUUUAUAUUAUACAACCCCUUACCUCAGUCUGACAGUGUCCAGCUCCUCAGUGUCUGUCAUUCCCAUCAUAUCUUUCACCCUGUAGCUCAUACUUGGUUUUCCCCAUCAGCAUCACCAUUCAUAUGCUUCCAUUUUCAUUUCACGUCGGUCUUCAUCCUCAAGAUCACCUUUGCCUGCUCCCAUCAACAUUCUAUCACUUAUCAACCCUUGUGCUCUCCAUUUUCUUGACAUGGCCAGAAUACAAAUAUGGAGGAGUCAUUGCAGCUGUUAUUGAGAUGGUCAAGCAUGAGCGGAAUGAAUUGUAGAGUUAAAACACUGGCGCAUAUAGUCUUAGCUUGAGGCAAAGGACAGUGGUGAUGAAAAUGUGAUAAUGUACAGAAUGACAAAAUAAAUAAUAUGCAAUGUGGUCACAUGACUCAGAUGGUAGAAAUAAACAGGUCAAGUACUUUUAAAGUGAUGGAAUACUUAACCCAUGUGCUUCGGGUGACAGGAACUGGCAAUUGGAUUUACUGGAUUUAUCAGCACUGCCCACGUGCACGGAAAUCCACAAUCUCCUUCAACCCUGAAGCACAUGGGUUCAAGUCCAGCAGUGGCAAGAGACUCGAAACCCAUCACUAUUAACAGCACUGGAUAUAUAAAGCAUUUAUAUUCAUUAAGGUGAUGCAAAGAAGAGAAGCAGUGCAGCAAGUUUUUUGGCAUAGUGUUUCAACAAAAACUGUCAAGUAAAUAGUUUAGGGAUGCAAAAAAUUCUAGUAGCAAGUAGGUCAUGAACUGAUUUUGGCAAGAAGUUAAAUUAAUAGAUAAAAAGAUGAAGUUAUAUUCUUAAAGGCCUCCAUUCUGUGUUCUUAAGGAACAUUUAUGCUGUUAUCCUGUUAAUCUGUUUCUAUCUCCUGGCCUCUGGUGGAGGAACAUGACAGAAGUGUGGCUCACUGGCUCAUCGACCUGUUUUAGAUUUUGUUAAUGCCUGACACUGGAAUGAGUUGAUGCUCAUAGUCAGUCAUGAAAUGCCAGCUUUGUGUGGUGGAAACAAGGGUUAUACAUUUAACAUCUUACCUGGGCAUCUGGGUGCCUUUGAAUGAACGUUCAUUGCUGUGUGGGAAGCAGCCUUGAUUUGGAGAAAUAAGUGAUGUGAUGGUUAUUGCCACUGGACUGAUUGUAGUCAUUAUCAUCAAUAGGCAUGCCAUGUGGUUCCUCAUCUCAACUAUGCCUGUAAGUGGUUCCCAUUACCCAUUCUGUCCACUGGAAGAAUCAAAUAUAGAUGAAUAUGGUAAUAGAUAAUCUAUCACAUUUUGGGGGAAAUUUAAAUAAGCAUGAAAAUCCUCAACAGGAACUGCUCAUUGAGACAAUAGUGUUUGUAAUUGUGUGCUUUUCUGAUAAUAUUAAUUAUCAGUUGAAGUUAUACCCUGAGGAUGGGGAAAGGACUGAUAUUUGCCAUACUACUAUAAUGUAAAAAAAUUCAUAUAGCUACAACCUCCCAGAAGUGACACCAGUUCCCAGCACACCCAAUUUUGUUUAAAAGAAGGCUUGGAAUUGGAGUCAUUAGGGCAAAAAAAAUUCCGCUUGAAAGAAUAGUAUGUUUGCUGUUGCCAGACUAGGAGAUAGUUUGUAUCAUAAUAUGUAGUAUUUUCUGAAUAAGAAUUGUAACAUGCUAUGCCCACAACUCUUUUGCUCAAUCCUGAUUGGUGAGAGUAGCAGCCAAUCACAAUGCUGGAAUCAUUCACUUUACUCCAGAGAUCACUUGGGUAGCAUCUGUUUAUUGCAGCACACUUGACAUAGUAAGCAAGUUUGUCACACCACAGUAUUUCUGUGAAAUAUUACUUGACAUGCAAUAUCACAGCAACAUUUUUAGGAAUUUAACUCAAGUACCAGGAUGAGACAAAUUAUCAUUGUAAGCACACAGCAUGCCACAAUUUAAGGAACAUAUCUAUUGAAUAUCAUGCAAAUUAUAUAUAUAUAUAUAUAUAUAUAUAUAUAUAUAUAUAUAUAUAUA